UUCUUUUCAAUGAGGGCUCAGUACCUGAAAACAACCAUGGAGUGGAAAAUACUUCCCAUUUAUUUGUUGCUGCUGCUGUCUGUUUUCUUGAUUCAGGAAGCUUCUUCUCAAGAUGUAUCAAGCUGUGCAGGGAGAUGUGGGGAAGGGUAUUCUAGAGAUGCCACCUGCAACUGUGAUUAUAACUGCCAAUACUUCAUGGAGUGCUGCCCUGAUUUCAAGAAAGUCUGCACCUCGGAGCUUUCCUGUAAAGGCCGCUGCUUCGAGUCCUUCGCAAGAGGAAGGGAGUGUGACUGUGAUGCAGACUGCAAGAAGUAUGGCAAGUGCUGUUCCGAUUAUGAGAAUUUCUGUGAAGAAGUGCAUAAUCCCACAUCACCACCAUCUUCAAAGACUGCACCUCCGCCUCCAGGAGCAUCUCAAACCACCAAAUCAACAGCCAAACGUUCACCCAAAUCACCAAACAAGAAGAAGACUAAGAAAGUUAUAGAAUCAGAGGAAAUAACAGAAGAACAUUCUGUUUCUGAAAAUCAAGAGUCUUCCUCCUCCUCUUCCUCUUCCUCUUCAAGUAUUUGGAAAGUCAAGUCUUCCAAAAAUUCAGCUGCUAAUAGAGAAUUAAAGAAGAAACCCAAAGUAAAAGACACUAAGAAGAAAAGAACUCCUAAAAAGAAACUUACCCCAGAACCACCAGCUGUAGAUGAAGCUGGAAGUGGACUGGACGAAGGUGAUUUCAAGCUCACCCCAACUCCUAACAUUCCUACCACCCAACGCAACAAAGUUACCAUAUCUCCCAAGAUUACAACAGUAAAACCAACAAAUCCCAAACCCAGUCUUCCACCUAAUUCUGAUACACCCAAAGAGACAUCUUCGACAGCCAAUAAGGAGACAACAGUUGAAACUACAGAGACUUCGAUAACAAAUAAACAGACUGCAACUAGCGCAAAAGAGAAGACUACUUCAGCUAAAGAGAGUGCAGAGAAAACAUCUGAUACAGAUUUUGCACCCACAUCUGAAGCUCCUACUAAAUCUACACUCCAAGCUGAAACUACAACCAAAUCCCCUGCUCUCACCACCACCAAGGAGCCCGCUCCCGCCACUCCCAAGGGUCCUGCUCCCACCACCACCAAGGAGCCUGCUCCCACCACCACCAAGGAGCCUACUUCCACCACCACCAAGGAGCCUGCACCCACCACUCCCAAAGAGCCUGCUCCCACUACUGUCAAGGAAACUGCUCCCACCACUCCCAAAGAGCCCUCACCCACCACUACCAAGGAGCCUACACCCACCACCCCUAAGGAGCCUGAAACUGCUCCCACCACUCCCAAAGAGCCCUCACCCACCACUACCAAGGAGCCUACACCCACCACCCCUAAGGAGCCUGCACCCACCACUCCUAAGGAGCCUGUACCCACCACCACCAAGGAGCCUGCACCCACCACCCCCAAAGAGCCUGUUCCUACUACUCUCCAGGAAACUGCUCCCACCACUCCCAAAGAGCCCUCACCCACCACCUCUAAGGAGCCUGCACCCACCACCACCAAGGAGCCUAUACCCACCACCCCUAAGGAGCCUGCACCCACUACUCCUGAGGGGCCUGCACCCACCACCCCCAAGGAGGCUGCACUCACGUCCCCUAAGGAGCCUGCACCCACCACCCCAAAGGAGCCUGCACCCACCACCCCCAAGGAGCCCACUGCCAUCACCCCUAAAGAGCCUGCACCCACCACCUCUAAGGAGCCUGCACCCACCACCACCAAGGAACCUACACCCACCACCCCUAAGGAGCCUGCACCCACUACGCCUAAGGAGCCUGCGCCCACCACCCCGAAGGAGCCCGCACCCACGACCCCUAAGGAGCCCGCACCCACCACCCCCAAGGAACCCGCACCCACUACCCCUAAGGAGCCUGCGCCCACCACCCCAAAGGAGCCUGCACCCAUGACCCCUAAGGAGCCCGCACCCACCACCCCUAAGGAGCCUGCACCUAGCACCACAAAGGAACCUGCUCUUACCACUUCCAAAAAGCCUCCUCCCACCCCCAAGAAGCCUGCUCCAACUUCUCCUGAGACACCUGCUCUAACCACCUCAGAGGCCUCUACUCCAACUACCACCAUGGAGCUUCCCACUACUCCCAAGAAUCUUGAUGAAUCAACUCCUGAGUUUCCUGCAAAACCCACACCAAAGACUCUUGAAAAUAUUCCUCAGGAGGCUGCUGUACCUACAACCAAGGCUCCUGAAGUGACCAAACCUGAAGUGACUACAACAGCUAAAGACAAGGUAACAGGAAAAGACAUACAUACUAUACCUGAAACUACAACGGCUGUACAGAAAAUUACAACAAAAGAGACAGCAACUACAACAGAAGAAAAGACCACUGAAUCCAAAAUAACAAGUACAAUCAGGCCAGUAACAUCUACAAUUGAAGAUACCACGACAUCAUCCAAAAUUACUCCUAAAGCAACUACUCUUGCACCCAAAGUAAUGACUGCCACAAAAAAGACAACUACAACCGAAGAGAUUAUGAGUAAACUGGAAGAAACAGCAGCGAUACCAAAAGAUACAGCUACUAGUUCUAAAGUGACAACUCUCAAACCUAAGAAGCCAACCAAAGCACCCAAAAAGCCCACUUCUACCAAAAAGCCAAGCAGAACACCUAAGAGAAAACCAAAGACUACACCAAUUCCCCCAAAGAUAACUACAACAACAAUGCCCAGAUCCAACCCUACCUCUUUAGCAGAAGCCAUGCUGCAAACCACCACCAGCCCUAAGCAAACUCCUAACCCAGCAAUAGUUGAAGUAAUUCCAAAGAAGGAAGAGGCAGAUGCUGCUGAAGGACAAAAACCUCCCAUGAUUCUCAGGCCCCAUGUGUUAACUCCUAUCGUUAUUCCAGGCACUGAUUUCUUAGUGAGAGGACCCAAUCAAGGCAUUGGCGUCAACCCCAUGCUUCCAGAUGAGACUAAUUUAUGCAACGGUAAGCCAGUAGAUGGACUGACUACUUUGCGCAAUGGGACAUUAGUUGCAUUUCGAGGUCACUAUUUCUGGACGCUAAGUCCAUUCAGGCCACCAUCUCCACCUCGCAGAAUUACUGAAGUCUGGGGUAUUCCCUCCCCCAUUGAUACUGUCUUUACUAGAUGCAACUGUGAAGGAAAAACUUUCUUCUUUAAGGAUUCUCAGUACUGGCGUUUCACCAAUGAUGUAAAAGAUGCAGGGUAUCCCAAACAAAUUUCAAAAGGAUUUGGAGGACUAAAUGGAAAAAUAGUGGCAGCUCUCUCAAUAGCUACAUACAAGAACAGACCCGAAUCUGUGUAUUUUUUCAAGAGAGGUGGCAGCAUUCAGCAGUAUAUUUAUAAACAGGAACCUGUCAAAAAGUGCACUGGAAGAAGGCCUGCUAUAAAUUAUUCAGUGUAUGGAGAAACGACACAGAUUAGGAGACGUCGCUUUGAACGGGCUAUAGGACCUUCUCAAACACACACCAUCAGAAUUCACUAUUCACCCGUCAGAGUCACUUAUCAAGACAAAGUGUCAUCUACAGGUUUCCUCCAUAAUGAAGUUGAAGUGAGUACACUCUGGAGAGGACUUCCAAAUAUGGUUACUUCAGCUAUAUCACUGCCCAACAUCAGAAAACCUGAUGGCUACGAUUACUAUGCCUUUUCUAAGGAUCAAUAUUAUAGCAUCGAUGUGCCUAGCAGAACAGCAAGAGCAAUUACUACUCGUUCUGGGCAGACCUUAUCCCAAGUCUGGUACAGCUGUCCUUAGACUGAUGGGCAAAGGAAGAGUCGACUAAUUAAAACGAAGAAAAGAAUGAUACAUUUUGACACUGAAAUACGUUUUAUUAAUAAAGAAUGUUGAGAUAAGCAUACCAAUUUAAAUACAAAAAUGUUUUUAAACUCGACAAUCAUUACACUAAAACAGAUUUGACAAUCUUAUUCACAGUUAUUGCAGUUUACAGAACAUUUAACUAAUAUUUCCUCUAUUUAUUCCUCCUCUCCCUCCCAUUGCAUGGCUCACACCUGUAAGAGAAAAAAAAGAAUUAAACAAUGCAUCUUUUAAGAAGUUAGCUCAAAACUAGAGUAUUCAUUUAUCCUAGGUUAUUAUAAAAAUUUUUCUCAAUAUCAAAUAUCUAGGCAUGUAGAUAUAAAACUGUGCUAUUUCACAUCUUUAGUGGAAACUAUUACAACAAUUAGAAAUAUUUUUAUGACAUGAAUGCAAUUUCUAAUAAUUACAUUAGAAAUCAGAGAUAUUAAAAUUUUACAUUUUUUUACUUGCUAAACAAAGUCACAAAGCCUUAUUCUACUGAAUAAAAAGUAUAAUAACGACAGGCAGAGAUGUAACAAAUGACUAUAUAGCACUAUAACACUUUAGUUUCUCCAAAUCUUACUUUGAAUUCAAGGAAGAAAUGGAGAAAUAUAUAAGCACAUAUUCAUUGUAUACCUAUGGUAUACAAUUCCAUCUGUAAGCUUAUAGAUUAGUAAACAUCACAUGCUCAAUGUGUAAUUAUUUAAUCAAUCCUUGGAACAUUUUU